GCAGAUGUGUACGUAUGUUUAAAUUCUGUCAGUUUAUUCCUUGGCAACCACCGUCACGUGCACCGGCGUUGGAAGCCACUUGGGAAGAAAAGCCGUCCAGGAACCUUCCAGGCUUGGACUCCUGGAGAGGCGCUGGCUGUGGCCAGACUCGGGGCCCGCUGCAUGGUGGCCACAGCGCCCAGGGCUUGCAUGUCCCUAAGGAUGGCCUCGUGCCACACCGCACCUCCUCCAUGCAAAGCGUCCAGGAUGUUGAAAGGCCCCGAGCCGGCCGUGCGCUGGGGAACAUGCAAGUGGACAUCAGAGACGGGUGUCCGGUCAGUCUAGGGACGAUGACGCACAACGGAGCAAACACAAGGCACCGGAGAGCGAGGGGCCACCUGGGUUGGAGCAGUUUCCCGGUCAGGCUGGCGGGUGCUGGAACCUGGCGGCGCUCGGGGCCACAGUCAGUGGGGAGCGAGCUUGAUGAAGGCAGAGGCGUUCUUGAAAAGGUGAGGAGACAGGGACCCAGGCGUCUGGGCUGGGACACGACCGAUGUGUGGCUGGGAGUCCAGUCUGGAAAAGAGGCGGCCGUUCCUACCACGGAGCUUCCGCGCGAUUUCCGUUCAUUGGCCAGGAGAUCAGCCAGUCGGGUUAUCGUGGCGCAAAAUCCCUCGGGAGGACGCCCCCCACCCCGCCUUGCUGCAUUUAUCUCCCAGCGAAAGCUGUGACCCCGGCCAGAGUCCCCUCUCCCCAGAGUGAGUGUGGUGCCUGUGUGUCCUCGCCG